GUGGAAAGAAAGAGAGAUAGAGCUUCUUGGGUGCGCUAUCACUUCACCCUUCCCUCAUCUGUCUGUCCUUCCCUGCUGGACGAUGUAACUGCUUUCCCUUAGGGCUCGUGGUAACUCUGCCGCUUCUUCGUCGUUUCUGUACCAAUUAAUUUAGAAUAAUCCAUUUCGUUAUUGCCAGUAAUUGUUCUAGUCUCGACGUGGAUAUCUCCCUCCGUCUCUCCGGUCUCCUGCGGGGCGGGUAGCGCGAGAGCGAGGAGAGACGGUGUGCUGAGACAGGGCAAAGGGUUUCGGAGCCUCGGUCCCCCGGUUUGUCCGCUUUUCGGGUGCCUUUCAACAGUGCAGUCAUGUGGCAGCGUGCUGUGAUUGGCUACACGCUGUUGGCGCUGUGCGCGGCGGCUCCGCCCCCCCACAUCAACCGCCUGGCGCUGUUCCCUGACAAGAGCGCCUGGUGCGAGGCCAAGAACAUCACCCAAAUCGUCGGCCACACCGGCUGCCAGCCCCGGUCCAUACAAAACAGGGCCUGUCUGGGGCAGUGCUUCAGCUACAGCGUACCCAACACGUUCCCGCAGUCCACCGAGUCCCUGGUGCACUGCGACUCCUGCAUGCCCGCGCAGACGCAGUGGGAGGUGGUCACCCUGGAGUGCCCGGGCAGCGAGGAGGCGCCCCGCGUGGACAAGCUGGUGGAGCGCAUCCUUCACUGCAGCUGCCAGUCCUGCAGCAAGGAGGCCGGCCAGGAGGGGGCGCUGCUGCAGCUCUACCCCUCCGAGACCGCCCCCGAGCCCCCGCCCCCCGCCGGCAGCAACCACGCCCACCUGCCGGCCCACCACGACGGCCACGCCGAGGCGCACGCGCACGAUCCGCACCCGCAGCACGAGCACACGGACACGCACACACACACGCACCCCCACACGCACACGCACACCCCGGCGGGGGGGUAGGGAGGAACGGGAAGCCUCAGCUGUCCUCCUCUCGCCUUCCCUCCCUCUGUUUUUCGGUUUUGGCCUCCCUCCGUUAACUGAUCCACUUUUUCUAACCCUGUAUUUCAUUUUUUGUCAACCUCAGUCCCUCCGUACCAGCCCCUCCCCUGAGUGGCCUCGUCUGCCCUGUCUCCUGUCACUCUCUCGAUAUGACACGACUAAAGCACUUUUAAAGCUCCCACUCGACUUUCUAAGGAAACUGCACAGAGAUGAAACACACACACUUGCACAUACCCAUCCACACAUAGCUAUGCUUACAACCACAGGUACAAACAUAUACACGCACUGAAAUGCGAGCACGCACACACACACACACACACACACACACACACACGCACACAUAGCAACACACAAACACCCUCAUACUCUCACACACUCCAGAAAAGUCAGGACAUACCGAUAGUCCCCACUUCUUGCCUGCUACACAACGCCGCCAUCUCUAGUCUCCCCGUGCUAGGGCUUAGGGGCCUACACUCACUUUCUCAGCACUUGGCUUUAGAUUAUAGAACCUGUAAUCUCACUUGUGUAAACCUGUGUGUUAGAACAAAAUAAACUGUAGAGUCACAUACCACUCCGGCUUUUCACCUAUGUCUUUUGUCAGAAUGCUUUCUAAACAGACAAAAAAUGUUUGUAUUGGGGUGUGGAAAAAUUGGGAACUACAUUUAAUCACCUUUAUAAGCAAAUGCUGUACUCUUUUAUUGGGCAAGUUAUAUUGUCAAGUUUAUUACUGGUGUGUUACUGUUAGAUUUGUGGUAGGGGAAUAGCACUGAAUUGAUCGAUUGGGUGAACCAGCUGAAGCUUUGAUUUGAAACAAAAUAUUUUUUAAGGUAAUUGAAAAUGUAUGAACACGAUUUUUACUUAAUUAAGUGAGCUGACACAUUGCAUACAAGAUACACGUGUGCAAAGUUCAAUCAAACGUGUGCAAAAACGGUAAGGGAAGCUUUACAUGUGGGCCACUUGCAGGAUAGAUUCAAGGGUAGGGAUAGCAUGCAUCAGACAGAAAUAUAAUGGACAACACUGGUUUGGGAAAGAUGACUUUACAGCAUAGCUGAAGGCAACAAUAAUUUCAGUAUAUUUCAAAGUAUUACUGCAAGUAUUAUCUGUAAACCCUUUGAUAUGGAACUGCUACUUUAUUCUUGUAAGUAAACCAAUAAAUCUGUAGAUCAAAUAUUCUAAAUUAAAGUAUCAAAAGAAAAA